AUGGAUGUUUGGUAUUGGACGUGUGGCGGUGAAUGGAAUACAUUUUGGAACUUAGUUGAGUUAGUGGCCACUCUGGUCCAGAUUCUUGCAGCCUUGGUUGUUCUGAGUCUGACUGUGGCAAAAGACGAACACCCACAAACACCUUUGUUGAUAUGGGUCAUCGGUUAUACUUGUGCCUGCAUAGCUACAGUCCCUAUCAUGUCUUGGCGUUUUCACACUUAUAUUCAUCAAGAUCCCUCUCUAUCUACCCCAUAUAUUAUUGCACUAGCUGCAGAUGAAGAAAAUAACAUUCAAGAUUCUGGGGAUGAAUACUCAAGGGAAAGAAUCAAUAGGGUGAUGGACUUUUUCAAGACGGCAUCUGAAUGUUUCUUCGUGGGAUGGUUUUGGGGAUAUGUAUUGUUUUUUCUUGACAAUUCAUCUCAGGAUUAUGGUUCUAUACUGUACCGGUUAAGUAUGGGGUUCUUUGCUUUCAGCUGCAUUAGAUAUGUGAUUUCUAUUGUAACAAGCAUUAUUUUUCCUUUUGUAUUAUGUGGUUUCUUGGUUCAAAUAGCAUGUUAUGCGUGCAUCAUCAGACCAUUUGAAUUAUAUUCUGAACGGAAAGGUGAAGAUAUUGUAAGUAAUAAUUAUCAUGGUUUAGAUUCUGAAUGGGAAAGCGACGGUGAAGAUAUUAGCUGUUGUUGCAUAUGCUUGGGGAAAUAUGGAGACAAGGAUGAACAAAUAAGGAAACUUGAAUGCUUGCACGUAUUUCAUCCGGAGUGUAUAGAAAUGUGGCUGAGAAUCAAACCCUCAUGUCCCCUCUGUUUAUCAAAGAUCAAUAUGUCCUCAGCACUUUAGAUACUUUUUCUUUUUUUUUUGAACUUCGGCUUUCAUUAAUAAACAAGAAAAAAAAAAGAAGAGAUUACAAGCCU